CACUUUAGUGAUAAUACAUUUGUAACUGGAUUAUAGGUUCUACAGUGUAGUUCUGAUGUAUUUAUGAAAGAAAUGACAGAACGGGUUGUCGUUUUGAAAGAUGAAAGCUUUUUGGAGUGGGACACAUUUCAGUUUUGCUUUCCGUUUAACUGCCUAGAAAUCCACGUUUAUUUUACGCUGGCAAACAUAUCUAAGACUCGCUUUUAAUUGUUCUUAUGAAGCUUAAUAUUCUUUAACAUUUGCUGAGAAUGCAAACAUAAGAAGCUAGUAUGGAAAAAUCGAAUAUUUUUUAUAAGGCUAAUGAAGUCUACGGAUCUGAAAACACGACAUAGUAGCUGCCACGGCAGUUUUUUUCCUCUCUACGCGAAACUGCAGCCACAGCAGCACCGGAGACUGUAAUCACAUUGCCGAUGGAGAGCGUGUGCAUACGGCAUAGGGGUGUGUCUUGCUUUUUGCUGGAGGAAAAACCUGAUUAUUGCUAGCUAUAAAAACUUAGCUCAUAAAAUAUUAGUGACGCGUAUUGUUCCACCUGCUUUCUGUCUUGCAGCAGAAGUGCUUUAAAAAAUAUUUUCUCCAGGACUGUUUUACAGCAGAGUUUUUGUCACAUUUCUGUUUAGAGCCUUUCCUCGAGCUCUUACUCUGCAGUUGGGCUGCUUGGGCAAUGUGCGGUUAAUUUGCGGUUAACCGAAAUUACAGCAGCUCUUUUUGUAAUUACAGAAAUUAUCAGACUUUCAUGUCUUUUCAAACGAAGAACAUGAGGAGGUUUUGGGACAGCUGUUCACAAUAAUUUUCGCACAUGUAACUGGCGACUGAGAUAUCCUAUGCAGCUGUCAGAUUAAAUAUGAGUAACACUGAAGAUUACUUUAACAGCAUUGAAGAGAAGUAUGCAACUUUGGCCUACGACACGAUCCUUAGUACUUUGUUUGCAGUUUUGGUGUAUGUUGUAGUUAAAGUCAGUUUGGAUGGGAUCAGACAAUGGAGAGCUCGUAUCCCAAUUUUAGUCGUUGGUUCUGGUCCGGUGGGGCUAACUGCUGCAUUAGUCGCUGUCCGUUCCGGAAAGGUGCUGAAACUGACUUUACUGGACGAACGUAAUCGGACGGCGUUACUGUGCAGACCUCAGCAGAUCGCACUGGACCCCCGUAGCGUAAAGUUUUUGCUUCGCCUUGGGGUUGAUUUCGAUAACAUGGAAGGCUGUUGGCACAACGACCACUUUUUUACAAAAAUAGGCGUAUUUCAAGAACAUCUUUUAAGCAUUUUGGAGCAAAAGAAACGACGGAUCGAUAUCAAUAUUAGCUUGGGCACAAAGUUUACAGAAGAAUACUUCAGGCGGAUAACAUCUUCUGAAUGUCCAAGGAUCAUUGUGGUAGCAGAUGGUUCAUAUGGGGAGUCGUGUUCUGUUCUUGGGAUCAGUUCAGAUUACAUAGUAGAAUCCUGCAAUGCCUAUGGUGUCAAUGCUACCAUAGAACGUCUGGAUCAGAGACAGGUUCCCACUCCUGAAAUACGAGCACAUGGCCUUUACUUUGAUCUAUCUGCCUAUGGAAUUGACUUUUUCCUAGAAGGAAAAGAUGCUCAAAGCUCUCAGCAUACCUCUGUAAAACCAGGAUUUCAUCUGAAAAUCUAUGGGACAUUCCGCAAUCGCUAUCUGGCUUUGGCUUGCCCUGCAUCAGACAAUAAAGUUGUCCGUUUUCUGCGACACACUACUAAUUCCUCGAUUAUGAAGAACAUAUUCCACCAGUCUUUCAAUGCUUACAAAUCAGAUAUUGAGCCUCGGAUGAAUGACCUGACAUUACACCACCUACAAUGCAGUCGUCGUUUAUUUGAGAUUAUGUUAUCUCACAGAAGAAUUAAUGCAGCAUAUAUUGAGGGAGAUAACAUUGCAGUUACAAUCGAGGGAGAGGCAGCAAGAGUUCUAAAUUUUGAUACAGGUUGUGGUGUUAACUUGGGGUUAAGAGGACUUGAAUCACUGGAGAAAUUCAUUUACAGAAUUGCUACAGCUUUAGACCAGAACGAUGUCCUAGAAGCACUUUCUUCAAAAAUCCAACAUUCCAAGCAUGUGGCAGAGAAUUUCCGACAAACUGGACUCUUGUCUACAAUGUUUGAAUAAUAAAAAAAAAAUGAUUUUGAAUAGUAGAUGAUUUUUGAAAGAUGUCAUAAGUGGAUCUAUCACCAGCAAACAGAGGAGAAAGAGAAGUGGUCAUGUGAUAUUAGUGCCUAUCAACCCAGAAACUGAAGACUAUUGUGAAGUGAAAUUUUUUAGCAAUUCAAAGUUAACACACAUAAAUAAACACGCACCCACUGUAGUUAGACACACCUCAGGUAACAUUGCUUUGUUUACAGCAAAGACUCAUAACAGUGCCAACACAUUUCAAUCUGAAUGUUGAUAAUAAAUUCCUUUAACUCACCAUUUUCUUCUGUUUCAUUUUUUUUUUAUUCGUGAACCUUUCCAAUUUUGUAGCAAACUGAAACUGUUAAAUGAAAUUGUAAAUUAAGUAUAAGCCAAACUACUCCUGAAAACAUAUGCAUAUGUGUUAUAUUUUUUAUACUUGCAUCCUUCUGAAAAACUGGGGUAUCUUUGUCACUGACACAGAUAUACUGUAGAGCAGUUAAGAAGUUUUGUAAUAGCUAGCUUAGCUGUCUUAAUUUCCACCUAUCCUUGUUCCUUACCUGGCCCAGCCAGUGUCUGUGUGGUUUUUGCAGUUUUUCACCAAGUCUUCAUUGCUUCUACUCCUAUCACUUUGACCCUCUUGAUAUGUCCAUCAUUCUUUGCUUAUCAAGUGAGAUGAUAAUGAAGAAUAUUAGAGUAAAAAUGAGCCUCUACUGGGUGUUUCAGCUAUGAAAGCCUUCUAGUGCUUAACAACACUCAACCAUAAUGAGCAUGCCUUCAUGUGUGUUGUUCAUUCAUAUACUGUAGACACUCACAGCCCCUCUUUGCUUCCAAGUACCUCUCCUUCCGUCUUUGUGGUUGUGCCUGACACUCUAUUCAAGUGACAAACAAUUUCCCUAAACUUUAUGAUGACAAGAAUAGCAAAAUUGCCCAGUGUAAAGCCCUGGCAGUUAGUCAAGUAAUUAAAUGCUCUGUUAGAGCCCUAACACAAUAAUGCUUACCAAACACCACAAUGUGUCACAGAUGUUCAAAUAACCAGAGGGGAUUAUGAUAAUAUUUUGCACAGCCAGGACCCGUAUGUUUGCAGCCAUCACCUCAUCUGUUUUCUAGACCUUCUUUUUCUUUACAGGAUUACAGCUAAUCCUAACAGCAUUGAAAGCAAAGCAGUAAACAGCGCCUAGACAGGGUCACACUUACAUUUAAUGCCAAUCAUAUUGAGCCAGUCUAGAGCUGCCAGUUAACUUACAUUUGAACUCCUCUUGGAUGUGGACAGAAACUGAGUUACCUGAAGAAAAGUCAUGUUGACAAGUGUAGCCAAAGGUUUGAAGUGUUCCACUAUGAUCUGUGAGGUUUAUUCCAUAUGUAAUAUUUUAUUUUAAACAAGUAAUUGAGGCCAUAAAUAAAUACAAUUGAAUCCAUGUAAACCAGCAUACAGGGAAAACACUACUGCCAUGUAAGCAACCUUAAAGGAAGAUAGGAAGAGACAAGUGGGGACAACUCAAACAGGCUGUUAAAAGUGCUGAUGUGAUACAUAUUUGGUGAUGAUCAGUAUAUUGCCAGGGGCUACUGUCUGCAAUUUACAGUGGCCCCAAGAAUGAAUCAUAUGUCCAGCAAAUACAUGUUCUUAUUUUGGAACCUGUGAAAAGUAUAAAGCUCUAGCAACUGCACUGAACUGGUGGAUGGAAAACAACGCUGCUGCCCAUACCUAUGAAACAUGCCUCCUGCACUCACACUCAAAGCAGGCCAGAGUUGACUGCAGGAAACACACAACAAUCAUACUUUUCGCCAGUAGCUCUGCUUCUAAUAUUAUAUUAUUACGAGCGUCCAGCCAAUAUUGAAAAAAGCUAAGUAUAUAUAUAUACUGUACUAGCUGUGUAA